ACACGUGUAACACCGGAAGCAUUCCUGGCAUGGAAGAAGAAGUUCGAUGCCGAACUGCGAUCCAUAAACGAAAAGGAGAGAUUGGCACGAGAAGCCGAAUUGGCUGGAAAGUUAACCGGCCGGCAACAGUUCCUGCGUGAUGCGACGCUCAGUUUAUCCGAUGUGGCACUGAUGCAAGCAGCAAAUACAGAAGUCGAAUUUGAUGAAACGCUUUUUGAUGAGGAUAUUGAUGGGACGGAUUCAAUCGAGAAUGAGGUCCAGUAA